AUGAUUACUGCUUUUCCCUCCUCCGUCCUCUCCGUCACUGCUGACGUAAUUAAGGAGCUCGAUGGCGGAGACGCUCUCUCUGGUCUGUGGACGCUGUUCACAAAAUGCAAGGAGUCUCUUCAGGACGGUCGCCGUCUCGAAAAUAUAUCCUGGCGACUAUGGUAUCGCGAG